CCCAUGUGUUUCCGUUAUCAGAGAAGUAAAGCAGCACACAAGUCUGUGAACCUGUAGAGCUCACAAAAGCCACCCGGCUUUUUAGGUUACAAUUUUAAUCUCGAAGACGCUGUUUAAACAUGUCGUCGUUCAGGAAAGCCUUGAAAUCUCGACAGAAAAACCACCAUGAAAGAUCUCAGCCUGGAUUCAGGAAGCAUUUGGGACUGCUGGAGAAAAAGAAAGACUACAAACUCAGAGCAGAGGAUUACCACAAGAAACAAAACACAAUCUCUGCUUUGCGAAAGAAAGCUCUGGACAAGAACCCAGAUGAGUUCUACUUUAAAAUGAUCAACACCCAGCUGCAGGAUGGAGUACAUGUUGCAAAAAAAGGCACAGAAGAGGUGAUGACGGAGGAACAAAAGAAAAUGAUGAGAACGCAGGAUAUUAAAUAUGUGGAAAUGAAAAGAGUUGCAGAGGCUAAGAAAAUUGAAAGGCUAAAAGGAGAGCUCCAUCUUCUGGAUGCAGACAGCAAGCAAAAGAACAAGCACACAUUUUUUGUUGACUCCAAGAAAGAAGUGCAUUCAUUUGACCUAGCAGAGCACCUCAACACAGCCCCUGAGCUUGUGAACAGAGUGUACAACAGACCGACUCUGCACACGCUGGAGACAAAAACCAUCCAGGGAGCUUCAGAUCCACGCAGUAUAAUUAAGCUGAGUAAGCAGAGGAAGCACCAGUACAAGAUCCUGUCCCAGAGGAUUGACAGGGAAAAGAAAAUGUUUGUCAUCAGCCAGAAGAUUCAGACUCGCAAGGACCUUCAGGAUAAAACCAAGAAGGUGAAAGUAAAGAAUGAGACGACCAGUUCUGCAGCUGUCUACAAGUUUGAAGCCAAGAGGAAACGUUGAGAGAAAAGAGAUCAGACUGUGGAAAAACUCAACACUUCACAAUAUGAUACCAGCAAUACGGUGUAUAUCUGUACAAAGGAGGUGCAUAUUUAGUCUCAUUAUGACAGAAAAGAAAUUCCAGUUGCAUUGUUGUUUUUGUACAGUUUUGCACAUAUUUAUCUAAAACCACAACUUUUAGUUUUCUUGAAAUAAACUUGAAGAGAAUUCUGACUGA